GGGGGAAAGGGAAAAAAACAGUGAUUUCACCACCACAACGACUGGCAGCUAGAGGAAGCACAUCACACAUUGAUGGGGGAAGACAGGGAGAUCUCAUUACCAGCUGUGUUCAUGCUGGCGGAGGCUCACAAGUCCCACACACACAACUAGUUACGAUUUGGAAACAUGAAGAUCAAGCUAUGGAUACUCUGAACCGGUGCUGAAUUCAAAUUGGAUUGUUUUCUCGUUGUUUUACCCUUAAGACUGAAGAGGGCUGCUAGAUGGGGAAUAUAUCCGGCUGAAUUGUGGAGUGGAAUUAAUUGUAGCGAAGUUUGAAUUUCCUAAGGAUUGCAUUGCGGGAAAAUAAGAAACCUCAGAAUGACAGCAUUGCUUUAUAAAGCUAUACAUGUUAAGGUCCUUUCCUGGCACAUCCACUGAUGUCUUCUAAUUGCUUGGACUCGUGGGAAUGAGACACAGCUCUUCUAUGGAGAGAAUUCAAAGAAAAUGAAAGAUUUUACUUUAUAAACAUGCAAGGCGCUAAGCUGCUGUUACUUGUUACCUGCUGCUUCAUCUACACGUUGAAAGUGCAGUGUUGUCCCGAAGUCUGCCUAUGCUAUAAUGAACCUAAAAUCACCUUUAGCUGUCAGCAGCAAAGACUGACUGUAAUCCCACCGUAUAUUCCAGUACAGACUCAGCGCAUAUUUCUGCAUAAUAACAAAAUAACUUUAGUAAGGUCCACCAGCUUCACUGCCUGCCAGAACCUCACCAUCCUAUGGAUUCAUUCAAAUAACAUAAGUCAUAUUGAGUCUGGAGCCUUCUAUGGAUUAACCAAAUUGGAAGAACUAGACAUGAGUGACAAUUACAACCUCAAAACUAUUACAGCCCUCACAUUUCGUGGUCUUGUUCAUCUACAUACUUUGCAUCUGAAUCGCUGUGGCCUGCAGGAUUUGCCCCCUGGGAUCUUCCAAGGUCUUUACUCCUUGCAGUACCUCUACCUUCAUGACAACAACCUACAUCUCUUGCAUGAUGAUACCUUCAUAGACCUGGGAAACCUCACCUACUUGUUUCUUCAUGGAAAUAAAUUAAAUAGCUUAUCUGAAAAUGUAUUUAAUGGCCUAACUAACCUAGAUAGAUUACUGGUGCAUCAAAACAAGUUGGAUAUGAUCCAUCGCAGAACUUUUCAUGACCUGAAGAAAGUGACAACCCUAUAUUUGUUUAGUAACAGCUUGACAGUGCUUAAAGGAGAAGUACUAUCACCUCUUGAAUCCCUUCAGUACCUACGCUUAAAUGCAAACCAGUGGAUUUGUGAUUGCAGGGCCAAGUCCCUCUGGAGUUGGUUGAAGGCAUUUAAAGGCUCAUCAUCAGAGUUAGAAUGCUACCUUCCACCAAACUUAGUUGGGCAAGACCUAAAAAAACUAAGAAUUAACGAUCUUGAUGGAUGUGCCAAUAUUUCUUACCAUGCAAUCAAAACUGGUCCAUUCAGUGCCAAGCCAUCUCUAAAUAUUGAAGAAAUCUCAGAUAGUUGUUGCCAGCCUCCCAUCGAUAAGUCCCUAGUAACUGGCACAAACACAAAAUCUGGCCCAUCUUCUCACACCAGUAGAAUCUUGCCAAAUAUACCGAUCAAGGAUAAAGAAAAUAUCUCAAAAACAAAAAUCAUUGGUAAUGUUGACCACCGAAAAAACAGAACAUAUAAGCCAAUGAAUUACUCCCCCCUUGCCACUUUAUCAAGCAAAAUAGAAAAUUCCCUAACUAAGUUGAGUCAAAACAACGAUUUUGAUUCUGUCGAACCUUCCACAGUUCCAAAUAAAAAAAGGAUUCCCUGUUUAAAAAAAGUCAAGUCAAAGUCUCAGUGUCGAAUGUAUCAACCAGGAACUAACUCUGGGCUUUUGAAUUUCAUCACCACAAAUCUUCUCUGUGUGACUCAGUUCUUCAUGCUACAGAUGCACUUUUAAAGGUUAAAUAUAUUUUUGUUUUAAGAUAGAUUUAAAGAGAGACAAUGAAUGAGCUUCAAAAAUUGUUGCAACUAUAUGGAGAAAAAAAAUGUGCUUCACGAAAGCAGCUUCACUAAAGAAGAUCAGAGAUUGGAUAUUAAAGGAUAUUUUUUUAUGGUUGUGAAUUAAAAGAGCGCAACAAUUUUAUUUUAUUCCUCAUAGUAUUAUGGAAAGGUUGAGACUCUGCUAAACAAGAAGGUUUGGCCAUACUUUGUAAAUUAAAGUUGUACUUAAUAACAAUUCAAAAUGUACACUGUAAAAUGCUGUUUGUCUGCUCUGUUUAUGACUAUUCUAGCUCUUUGUAAUGAUUUCUGUCAUUCUAUGUUUCUGGGUAGUAUUUGUUAAAAAAUACUAUCUAUUUACUUCAACAUUCUUCAUGUAUACACAUAUAGAUAUGCAUUUUAUUUUAACUGUGCUGAAAUUAAGUAAAAUAAAUGUUUUUUUUUUGUUUUCCUAAACUUUAUUUAAAAUGAAAACGUUGGCAACAUUUGGAAAUUUUAUUAUGGUUGUAACGAUUAAGACUCCCAACAUGUCUUAAGCAAUUCAUAAAGACAUACAUUAUUAAAAAGACUAAAAGCAGACAAACAAACAAGAGGCACUCCCUUGUGUGAAUACCUCCAAACAAUUACAAAAUGCAGACAAAUUAGAAUAACUCACCAAGUAGGGUUGCGCAUCUGUAAGCACAACACACAUGAUGGUAAAGAGACCUUUCUCGGCUGUUGUUCCUCCCAAAUGCU